CAUGGCAGCCUUGUGAAGUUUCACGUGCAGCGCUGGCAGAGGGGACUGGAGUCUGCAGCGUUGGGACACUAAGGCUGUGCAAGGAUUGUGCUCUCUCUGGAACCCCUGUGACUGGUGAGCACAAGGAAGAUGGACCAGCACCCCAACCACACGACCCACGGCUGGCUUUCAGUGUUCCAAACUCCCACAGAGAGCCUGGAAUAUGGGGAUGGACACAAUGGGACUGGGUGCUUUGUGGAGCACAUCCCGGAGCUGCUCACGGGCAGCCUCACCCUGCUCACCUGCCUGUGCGGGCUGCUGGGCAACGGGGCCAUCCUCUGGCUCCUGGGCUUCCGUGUCUGCAGGAACCCCUUCAGUGCCUACCUGCUGAACCUGGCCCUAGCUGACACCUGCUUCCUGCUCUGCACCUCAGCCUUCCUCCUCAUGUACCACAUGCCCAUGCUCAGCCGCUCCCGUGCGGAGGUGCCGCGGGCGCUGCCGCUCUUCCACUCCAUGGUCCUGCUCACGUACAGCACCAGCCUGUACCUGCUCACGGCCAUCAGUGUGGAGAGGUGCGUGGGUGUCCUCUGGCCCUUCUGGUGCCGGUGCCACCGCCCGAGGCUCCUGUCCCCUGUGGUGUGCAGCCUGCUGUGGAUGCUUGCCUGCAUGCUGGCCGGGCUGGUGUACUUCGUGUGUGACCUGGGGCACUCCGAGCACUGCUGGGUGGUUCUGGGAACCUUGUGCUUCCUCAGUUUCUGCAUUUUGACUCCUCUUAUGGUUGUUUCCAACGUGAUCGUCUUCAUCAAGCUCAGGCGGAGCUCUUGGCAGCACCACUCACUGAGGCUCUAUGCCGUCAUCUUCCUCACUGUGUUCUCCUUCCUCCUUUUUGGUAUCCCACUCAGCAUCCAGAUCUUCCUCAACUUCUUUGUCUACAUUAACCUUGUCUUUGAGAUCUGUCUGUUGCUGGCCUCUGUCAACAGCAGCAUCAACCCCAUUAUUUAUGUCCUGGUUGGGAGCUACGGGAAGCCCAGACUCAGGGGAUCUGUCAAAGUGGCUCUACAGAGGGUCUUUGAAGACAGGGCUGAUUCCCAAGAGGUGGGUGAGACCCCUGCGGUGGGAACUGCUGCCUAAAUCCCUGUGGGUACCAACUGGCACUAGAAGACAGGCAACCCUACCUCUGCACAGUGGGAGCAGAGCCUUUGCUUGUCUGGAUGAGUUGUGCAUCCCCAGGACAAGGGCAUACUUGAGAGUUCCAGGGGCAGGGCUGGUUCCCACCUCAAAUUUAUAUUUAAAUUAUUAUAAUAAAUUUUUUUUCAUGUAAUUUACUGGAGACUGCAGUUCCUUCCCUUUCUGGCUCAUGAGCUGCCUGUGCUUAUUUCUGAAGUCACAGUUGUGACAGUCUCCUCAUGCUUCCAAUUAGUUCAUCACACUGAAAUGAUGUGGCCCAGAAAGUCCUGUCUCAUCUGUGCUCCUGUU